AUGGUAGGUUCGCUUUGCCUGAUCUCCCUCACCAGUGGAUUUUCGCAUGGUGCGAGUCCAUCUGCUUGUGCUGACAUGAAACCAAAACACAUCAGUGCUCACUCCCAGGAUCCACGCAGCAGCUUUAUCACAGUGCACACCAAUAAGUCCACCUACCUUCCUGGGGAUGAGGUACCAGUUACUGUAAGGAGCACACGAGACUUCAUGGGUUUCAUGAUGCAAGCUCGGCGAGUGGCUGAUGACCAAGUGGCUGGUACAUUCAUUCUCAUUUCUACUGGGUCUAAACUACUGAAAUGUUUUGAGGAUGGAGAUACCGUGACACACUCAGACAAGUCACUGAAGAGAAACCUCUCCUUUGUCUGGAAAGCACCAGACCAACUCACUGGAGACAUCAAAUUUUUUGUUUCGGCUGUCCAGUCAUACUUCACAUACUGGAGUAGAAUUGAGUCUGAUCUUAUUUCUGACCAAAAGCAGAAUUAUUCUAUGUUGACCAAAAAUGAGGAAUUGAUGGAAACACUCCAGGCAUCAGUAUAUAACAAUACAACUGUAAGAACUACUCCAUCUACUGAAGCAUCCACCUUACCACCUCUGAAAUUCACAGACUUCAUCAAUCCUCAAGCAAUCACUCAGAUGAUGCAGGAAUUUUCACAGACUCCAGUAAUCACCAAGGAAUGGUCCCUCAGAUCACAGGCUACAAAUGAGGAAAACUAUUUGUCCAAAGUAGAUCAGAACCUUGCAUCUGAACAGUCCAGCUUGGUUCUGGGUGAAAAUGAUAGACGCCUACAGCCAUCCUUGAACUCCAUAAACCGAGGGAAACUGACUGCACUCCUGUCAACUGAUAACAGCUUUCUGUUGAAAACCUUAGAGCUUGAGGCCACGGGAAGCAACAAUAAUUUGAAUACUGAGAGUCACUUCAAUCUACCUUCUCUGUCUUGCAUCAGUUGCAGUAAUAAUGAACAAAUCGCCACAUGGACCACUUCUACUGUUGUUGAUUUAAGAUCUUCUGAUGCAAUUUCUGGACAAGAUUAUUCUACCUUCUGGUCUGCUAGCUUCUCUACAGGUGAAGAAAAGGAAUGGGUGUCCCCAGAUAUGGAAGAUUACAAAAACCGAGCAGGAGAAGCAACAAUUCUGGGCACAGGACCAUUCUCAGAUGUGGAGGAUAUAUAUCCAACAGGCACUAUCAAGCAGCUGGUGUCACACCUUGCAUCAGCAAAUUUCCUGCAGUCUUCAAAAGAUUCAGGUUCCAAAGUCAAUGUGGGUAAGAUAGUCAGAAACAUGUCGGUCAGGGUGACACCGCCUGAACAGAAAGACAAUAGUCCAGGUAGUGGAAAUGGUGCUGCUAAGGGUGCAGAGCUGGGCAUUCCUCAACUUGGAAUUCUGCUUGGCUGCUCUGCUGCUCUCGGUAUGGCGCUAGCCGUGGGGAUGCGCCACUUCUUCUCCCAACACUGUCGAAAACGCACAGAAGUGUCCUUCCGAGAUCCUGACAGCAGCGUCCUGGGUGUGGGAGACAGUGGUGAGCUGGUUCAUGUCAGAAAGAUACGUGAAAAUAGCUUUGUGCUUGUUCAGGCUGAAUACAAUGUGAUCAAUCCACCUAUCACUGUUGGAAAGUAA